AUGGCUCGUCCAUUUCCCUCUCUUUCUACACAAAACCUCCAUAAUUCCCUACCUUUAUCCGUGGGUAUUUUCUUAUCGAUUUUCGCCCUCGUAGCGCUUUGUGCAAAAGGUAGUUCAAAAUCUCGUACAAAAUCUCCGACGAGUAAGUUCGAUAACGACCUUUAUGCGCAAGAAGGCCCUAAAAACAACAUUGCUUCACCAAUGCAUUACAAGACGCCGCCUAGAUCGCCAUUGGCAACUCCUAAGAAAUUGUUGGCAAAUAUUACCAAUAUAAAAUCUCAUAUAGUGCAAACUCAAAAUGACAGAAGCAAUAAUUUUAAAUUAGAACAUGGAAACCAUAAUUUGGUUGUUAAUGAAGAAAAAGAUGGGUUUGGUGAAGGUGGAUUAUGGCAGAAAAAUAUUCUUAUGGGAGAAAAAUGUCAACCUCUAGAAUUUUCUGGAGUUAUUUAUUAUGAUAAUUAUGGAAAUAAAGUUUCUCAAAUUCCAAGAUCUCCAAGAGCUAGUGCAGUUAGUUUACAAGGGAGUAUGUUGUAA